UUCAACGACGUGUAUUACUGUCAUCAUAAAAUGUGGAAAAGUAAACCAGUUCUCGUCUUCAAUAAUGACUUGAACAAUGAAGUGCUUCUGGAAAGACUAGGGCGAUCUUACCAAAUCCAUUAUUCACAGGAUUUGUUUCCAUUCUCCUGCUAUUUCCCUUCUUCCCAAGUGACUUUCUUGCUUAUAGACUUCAUUCAGGACUUUGAGCACUGGACAGAAGAUGAAGAUUUUGAUAACCAAAAAAUGAACUGGCUUGCUGAAUUUGUCAAGACCAAUGAUGGACCUCAUCUCAUAUACCUAUGCCCUAAAGUUGAUGAGCUUGUCAUUUCUGUUUCAUACGAUCUUCAAAGAAGCAUUGAAAUUAUAGUUGCUAACAAGAACAUAUCAUUUGGAUUUGCAACAUCCUGGAAAGCUGCAGCAAAUUACAUGGAAGCAGCUGCAACUAAACUCUCUAUUGAAAGCAUAGAAGGUGAAUAUUUUACAGGCUAUCAAAAGGAUUAUAACUUUAUUGCAAAGGCUGAGAAAAUUAAAAAAGCUUGUCUUUACUUAAAUAAUGCUGGUCUUUAGCAGCGAAGCCACCCGGCCCCCAUUGCUACGCGUAUCGUCGAAGAAAUCUCAAUUGAUUUAUGAAAAGAUCCAAUAAUUUGUGGCCAGGAUGUCUUUCUUAUUUAUCAAAUAUCCUGUUAUUUGCUAAAGAUUUUUCAUACAAAAUCCAACAAUGUAUAAUUGAUAAUUGUUAUUGACCGUUCCGAAAACUAAAAGACUUUUUAAACAACCAUACGCAUCCGUAAUUUUACAACAACCUUAAAGGAAGGCCUGAGACAAUUUCAGUACAGAAGUAGUGAAAAGACAAUAGUUGAGUGAGUUUGGCCCGUCAAGAAUGGUUACCAUUAGCCCUUAAUUGACAAAUACAUUUUUCCUUUAAUG